AUGAGCAAUCUCAAACGAAAGGAUGCCCCCGGUGGCCAUCCUCCUGCCAAAUCCGCCAAGCAGUCCAAAGAGGCGAACCCAACCAAGACCGACAAGCCCAAGACUGGCAAGCCCAAGGAUGCCGACGCCCCGAAAAAGGCUGUCGUUUCCGUCCUCAAAGACGAGGAGCCUCUCUUUCCCCGAGGCGGCGCCAGUGUCCUCACUCCUCUCGAACAGAAGCAGAUUCAAUUAGAAGCCAAGGCCGACGCUGCGCAAGAAGAUGAGUUCUCUACCGCCGGCAAGCCUCAAAAGAAGAAGAAGCGAGCCGCCGCUCUCCAAAAGUCGGACAAGAAGUCAGAGUCAAAGUCAGAGGACGACUCUGUCAAAAUUGAAAGUCUCAAUUUCAAGAAACUAGUCAAAGGAUCCAUCGUCCUCGGCCAAAUCACACGCAUCAGCAAUCUCGCUCUCGAAGUCGCUCUGCCCAACAAUUUGACCGGCCACGUCUCCAUCGUUGCCGUUUCCGAACAGCUCACGAAUCGACUACAAGGCGAUGUCAAAGAUGACGACAGCGAUGACGAGGAAAAGGAAGACGACGAUGAAGGCGAGGACGUCGAUCCCAAGACCAUCUUCGAGAUUGGCCAAUUCGUACGCGCCUACGUUGUAUCUACAACCGAAGGCGCUGUUGCUGGCAAGGGAAAACGCAAGAUUGAGCUCUCUCUCCGCCCCACCGAAGCCAACACCGGUCUCACCAAGGACGAUGUCGUGCCUCAGUGUACCGUUGUCGCUGCCGUCGCCAGUGUCGAAGACCAUGGUUGCAUCAUGGAUCUCGGAAUCGACGGCUUGAGCGGCUUUCUACCCAACGCAGAAGUCGAUACCAACAUGAAACGUCAGCGCCUUCAAGAAGGCGCCGUAUUCCUUUGCCAAGUUACCGCAAAGAAAGGCAGCGGCAAGGUCGCACAGCUCACUCUAAAGCAGGACAAGAUUGGCAACGUCAAAAAUUACCCUGCCGAAGCCACUACUAUCAACACAUUCCUACCUGGUACCGCCGUCUCGGUCCUUGUCACCGGCAACAGCAACAGUGGUCUCUCUGGCAAAAUCAUGGGACACGUCGACGCCACAGCCGAUCUCAUCCACUCCGGGAUUGGCCCUUUUGGCACCGACGUCGAAUCAAAAUACAAAAUCGGCUCCAAAAUCAAGGCAAGAAUCAUUUGCAACUUCCCCACAGCAAAGAGCCCCAAGCUGGGUAUCACACUGUUGCCGCACCUGACAGCUCUUACCAAAAAGCACCCCGAGGGUCCCAAGCGCUCCAGUCUUCCUCUACAAGUACUUCCUAUUGCUUCGAUCGUCGAACAAUGUACUGUUCGUCAUGCUGAAGCUGACAUGGGCUUGUUUGUGGACGUCGGCGUUCCCGGCCUGUGCGGAUUUGUUCACAUCUCCCGCGUCAAGGACGGAAAGGUCGAUUCCCUUUAUAAAUCCAGUGGCCCUUACCAGGUGGGCUCAACACACAAGGGUCGUAUUGUUGGCUACAGCGAGAUAGACGGUGUCUUUCAUCUCUCAUUUCAAAAGUCUAUCCUCAGCCAAACAUAUAUACGCCACGAAGAUGUGCCCGUCGGUACCGUCCUGACUUGCGAAAUUGAAAAGCUCCUCAUUAACGAGGACGGUGUCAACGGUCUCGUACUUAACAUCGCCGAAGGCAUCACUGGCUUUGUUCCUGAACGUCAUCUCUCCGACGUCAAAUUGCAGCAUCCCGAGAAGAAGUUCCGCCAAGGCAUGAAGAUCAAGGCCCGCGUGCUGAGCAAUGACCUGAUCAAGAAGAGCAUAAGGCUUACACUCAAGAAGACUCUUGUCAACUCCGAAACCCCAAUCAUCACAAACUACGACGAUGUCAAGGUCGGCAGCCAGGCUCUUGGCACAAUCAUCAAGCUUGAGAGAAGUGGCGCUCGAAUCCAAUUCUACGGCGAGCUACGCGGGUUCUUGCCCAUCUCUGAAAUGAGCGAGGCUUACAUUCGCGACCCCUCCGAGCACUUUCGCGUUGGUCAAGUAGUCAGCGUUCAUGUGCUCGAUGUUGAUCCGGAGUCAAGGCGUUUGGUUGUUUCUUGCAAGGACCCUGGCGCAUUCGGUCUCGAAAAGCAAAAUGCACUGAAGAAGCUGUCACUUGGAGACGUCGUUUCCGCCAAGGUUACGCAAAAGACUGAAGAUCAAGUCUUUGUCGAACUCGAAGGCAGCUUACUCAAGGCCAUCCUCCCUGUUGGCCAUCUUACCGACAAGUCUGCGUCCAAGAAUCAAUUUGCGCUCAAGAAGGUGUCUGCUGGUCAGACUCUGCCCAAUCUCGUUGUCCUUGAUAAGCACGAGGGUCGUCGCUCUGUCAUCCUGUCGCAAAAGCCCAGCCUAGUCGAAGCCGCUAAGGAGGGGAAGCUGCUCAAGUCUUUUGAGCAGGCCAAGCAGGGCAGUGUUUUUGCCGGUUUUGUGAGAAACAUCACACUCACUGCGGUUUUCGUCCAGUUUGCCGGCUCUCUGCACGCGCUGCUCCCCAAGGCACGUCUUGCACCUGAAGCUCAGGCUAAGCCCGAUUUUGGCCUGCACAAGAACGAUUCCAUCGAAGUCCGUGUCGUAUCAACCAUUCCUGAUCUCAGCCGUAUCAUGGUCGCACCAUCAUCCGCGCCUGUUGAUCAGGAUGUUGCCGGCAAGAGCAAAAAAGCCAAGGCGGCCCCCGCCGAUGAUCUGGCGUUUGGCUCCAUCACCAAGGCCAAGGUUACCUCCAUCAAGGAGACGCAACUGAAUGUCCAAAUUGUCGACUAUAACGUGCAGGGCCGAAUCGAUAUCUCCAACGUCUUUGACAAAUGGGACGAUAUUGCGGACCCCAAGCACCCUCUCGCCACCUUCCACAAAGGCCAAGAGCUGCGCGUCAGGGUUGUGGGCGUGCAUGAUGCUAAGGAUCAUCGUUUUCUGCCGAUUUCCCACAGAUCCGCUCACUCCAUCUUGGAGCUCACUGCGCGCCAGACUGACCUAGAGACCGAUAGACUAAAGGAGCUCACAGUCGACUCCCUCAAGGUUGGACAGUCACACAUCGCCUUUGUCAACAACUUGACACAGCAAUAUCUCUGGGUCAACCUCUCCCCCUCUGUCCGUGGCCGCAUCUCUGCCCUGGAAGCCUCCGACGACUUGUCUCAGUUGAACGACUUGGAAGGGAACUUCCCUGCCGGAUCUGCGCUCAGGGUCCGUGUGACGUCUGUCAAUCCCGAAAACAGUCAUCUCGACCUCUCUGCCCGCUCUUCGUCGUCCAAAGACACGGUUACCUGGGAUUCGAUCAAGGCCAAUAUGGUACUUCCUGGCAAGAUAACCAAAGUCAAUGAGCGACAGAUCCUUGUCAAGUUUAGCGAGUCUGUAUCUGGACCUGUUCACCUACCCGACAUGGCUGAUAACUUUGACGAAGUCAACACUACCCAGUACCGUAAGGGUGGAAUCAUCCGCGUCUCUGUCGUCGAUGUUGACAAGAGCAACAAGAGACUGCGCCUUUCUAUCCGCCCAUCCCGUAUCAUGAGCUCCACUCUGCCCAUCAAAGAUCAAGAAAUCAGCAGUUUUGCUCAGCUAUCCUCUGGCGACAUUGUUCGAGGUUUUGUGAAGAAUGUAACUGACAAAGGCCUCUUUGUUCUUCUUGGGGGUCCUGUUUCUGCGCUUGUCAAGAUUUCGAACCUGUCCGACCGCUACUUGAAGGAGUGGAAGGAUCAGUUCCAAAUUGACCAAAUGGUCAAGGGUCGCAUCAUUGCCAUCGAUAAUGCGACAAAGCAACUAGAAAUGAGUCUCAAGUCGUCAGUUGUCGACGAGGACUACACACCUCCCGUCACCUACAAGGACCUUGCCGUUGGCCAAGUUGUCACCGGCAAGGUGCGGAAAGUGGAGGAGUUUGGUGCUUUCAUCCUGGUUGACAACUCGGCCAACGUCAGUGGUCUAUGCCAUCGAAGCCAAAUAGCCGAGAAGCCUGUGCAGGAUGCUACCAAGCUCUACAAGGAGGGCGAUGCCGUCAAGGCCAUGGUUCUAGAGGUGGAUGUCCAGAAGCGCAAAAUCAGCUUUGGCUUGAAACCUUCGCUGUUUGAAGAUGAGGACACGGAUAUGGAAUCUGAUAAUGGUGCUGCUCUUGAUGGCCAGGACGAUAGCAAUGAUGAAACAGCUGAACUUGCUCUUCUCAAACUCAUUCAAGAUCAAGCUAAUGAUAAGGAUCAGGAUGAGGAUGAAGAUGAAGAUGAAGAUGAGGAAGCGGAUGACGAUGAGGAUGAGGACGAUGAGGAUGGCGAGGACGACGACGAUGAGGACGACGACGAAGCUGAUGGGGACGAAGACUCUGAGAUGGAGGAUGCCCCUGCUGGUGCUGGGCUGGGCGGUGGCAAGUCUGCGUGGACGGCUGAUCCCUUCGCCGACUCAGGUUCCGAAUCAGAGGGCGACGAGCCGAUAAAAAAAGUUGACAAGACCAAGAAGCGCAAGAAGAAUGAGAUUGAGGUCGACAAGACUGCCGAGCUCGACACCAACGGCCCUCAAACCUCGAGCGACUACGAGCGUCUGCUCCUGGGUCAGCCCGACUCGUCAGAGCUGUGGAUCGCGUACAUGGCGUUCCAGAUGCAGGUGAGCGAGCUGCCCAAGGCGCGCGAGGUGGCGGAGCGUGCGAUCCGCACCAUCAACAUUCGCGAGGAGACGGAAAAGCUCAACGUUUGGGUGGCCUACCUCAACUUGGAAGUGGCCUACGGAACUAAGACGACGGUUGAGGAGGUUUUCAAGCGUGCUUGUCAAUACAAUGACCCGCAAGAGAUUCACGAGCGUCUCGCCAGCAUCUACAUCCAGUCGGGGAAGCUCAAAGAGGCCGAGGCGCUAUUUGAGGCCAUGGUGAAGAAGUUUGGCGCCAAGGCGCCCAGCGUGUGGAUGAACUAUGCGCACUUUUUGCACGUUACACGCAACGACCCCGCGCGCGCGCGCGCCCUUUUGCCGCGAGCUUCGCAGCAGCUCGGCGCCGCACAGGCCGUCACCAUUGUGCCGCGCUUCGCGGCGCUCGAGUUCCACUCCCCCAACGGCGAGCCGGAGCGUGGCCGGACCAUGUUUGCGGGCCUGUUGGACACGUGGCCGAAAAAGGGCGAUCUGUGGAACCAGCUGCUGGAUCUGGAGAUGGGCAUCCUCGCGGGGGCCGGCGGCACGGCGGCGGCUGAUCCGACGGCGGUGCGCGACGUAUUUGAGCGGCGGACUCGCGUCAAGGGCCUGAAGCCGCAGCAGGCAGAGAAGUGGUUCCGCAGAUGGACGACGUUUGAGGAGGGCAUCGAUGCCAAGAGCAAGGCCAAGGUAACGGCUAAGGCGCACGAGUGGGCGGCGGCGUUCAAGGCGCGCAAGGAGGCUGAGGCCAAGGCCGAGGAUGAGGAGAUGGAGGAGUAG